GUCUUUCAAUUGUUUCUCACUGCUUGAACAAUAAGUCUCCAUUGAAUUGACUCUAUACCCAUCUCUUUGUUGCCAACUCCUAUAUAUCGCCACCAUGCCUGGCCGUCUACUCUCCGGCUUUGUUCGCCCCGCCAUCUCCCUCCAUUCCUCCAUCUCCCACCCCAACUCCAACGCUUCUUCUACUACCUCCGUCAACGAGAUCCCUCACCACCAUUCCUCCAAGAAGCCUUCCUCCCACGCCCACGCUGAUCGCGCAAGGUCCCCGGAGCGCCGUCUGUCUUUCUCCAUGGACCACCUGAUCCACCCGCACCGGGACCACAGCAAGGAAAAGCGCCGCAGCCUUGGAAAGUCCUCCCGCUCCAAGGACCGUUCUGGCAAGGAAGAGGCCUUGCCUGCUUCGGCCAAGCUGGAAGUCAUUGUCGAAUCCCCUCCUCUCGUUUGCUAUGGCAACCCCGCGAACUCGACUGGUGCGUUGUUCUCGGGCCGUUUGAGAAUCUCCGUUUCCGAUCUGGCAGGCGCAGUCACCCUCGACCAUUUUGAGAUGCGUCUCAUGACCAAAAUCUCCACCAAGAAGCCCGUGUCGAGGGAAUGCUCCAACUGCGCGACUCGCACAGAGGAAUUGACCAAGUGGAACUUUUUGACUGAGGCUCUUCACCUCCACACUGGCCAGCACGACUUUCCGUUCAGCUACUUGUUCCCUGGUCACCUGCCUGCUUCCUGCAAUGGCUCAUUGGGUCAGGUCGAGUACUUCCUUUCAGCCAAAGCUCAGAGUGCAACUGGCGAGGAGUACACUUUUAAGAUGCCUGUGCACCUCAAGCGAGCUAUCCUCCCCGGCAAUGACAAAUCCUCCAUUCGUAUCUUCCCUCCUACCAACCUUACAGGCCGCAUUGUGCUUCCUCCAGUUGUGCACCCCAUUGGAACCUUCCCCGUGCAAAUGACAUUGAGUGGAGUAGUUGACAAGGGCGAGGAGACACAGACUCGCUGGCGUCUACGCAAGAUGAUGUGGCGGAUCGAAGAGCACCAGAAGAUUGUAUCGACCGCUUGCAACAAGCACGCCCACAAGAUCGGCGGCGAAGGCAAAGGAGUCUUGCAUCAGGAAACCCGAAUCAUCGGCCACAACGAAGAGAAGAACGGUUGGAAGACGGACUUCGACACCGCCGGUGGCGAAAUCAGCAUGCAGUUCGAAGCGAGCAUCAACCCUACCUGCAACCCGGUGUGCGACCUCGAAGCCCCUGGCGGGCUGGAGGCCAAGCACAACCUGGUCAUCGAAUUAAUCGUCGCCGAAGAAUUCUGCCCCAACCGAAACACCCGUCUCAUCACACCCACUGGUGCCGCCCGUGUCCUACGGAUGCAGUUCCACUUGCAUGUCACCGAGCGAAGCGGACUGGGUAUCAGCUGGGACGAAGAGAUGCCCCCCGUGUAUGAGAAUGUCCCCGCAAGCCCUCCCGGCUACACCGUCUUGGACGGAGACAGCGUCAUGGAAGAUUACAGCGGAUCCCCUCUUGCGCUGCCAGAAUACGAUGAGUUGGAUCGAAUGGAAUCUCUUCGCUUGGACAGUGACUCAACUCACUCCUCCUCUCGCGGACGGACUCAUUUCUCCAACGACGAUUUGAGUGCGGGGCCAUCACGAGUCCAAAGCAGGGCUGAAUCGCCCGCCUCCCACACAUCUAAUUGAGCAUCGACGCUAUCAUCAUACUCCGCGAGUCUACCUAUGACGAAGUUACGACCAUCCACGAAUUACCACGACCCAAAGCCAAAAAAAAGUUUUCCUUUGAUACUCUCUUCUCAGACUGUCAAGUCGUGAAUGACCGACCUCGAAAAGUUUCUUUUUUGUUCUUGAUUUGGUUCAGUUAAUCUUCACUCUACAACCUAUAAUAUGUUUCCAGGGAUUCAGCAAAGACAAAGAAAAGAAAAAAAAAAAAAAAAAGGAUUGUGUUUUUGAUGGGAGGAAGAUUUCAACUUACAUGAUACCCUCUAUUUUGUUUCAGGAUUUUGUUUCGCACUUGGGUCGUUGUCUGGUGUUUAUCACAAGUACAUUAUUUGCAUAUAUCCAACAGGGCAAUCAACUUGCACCUCUAAUUCGAGAUAUCCAAUAGACUACCACAUUUUUUUUUUCUUACCAUCCUCUACAUGAAAUAUAUAUAGUAG